AUGGCACAAUCUGUCGACAACUUACCGUCCGUUCGGAACAACGCCCCUGCUACGGCCGCAGUAGAGGCAUGUCUUGCCGCCCAGGGGGCGCUCGGCGCGGACCUCGUUCUCCUUGCCCCCGUCGACCAGGCCAUCGUGGACGUGAACUGGUCCGAGACGUGCCGGGCCGCACCGUCGUGUGUCAUCCAACCCACCUCGGCCCAGAUCGUGUCGGCAGUCCUCCAGAUCAUAUGGCAGUUCCAGGUCCUGUUCGCGAUCCGUAGCGGGGGCCACUCACCCAACCCGGGCUGGGCGAGCAUCGGCGAGCCGGGCAUCUUGCUGGACAUGUCGCGUCUGGACACGGUCAGCAUCAGUGCCGAUGCCUCCGUGGUGUCCGUCGGGCCCGGCCAGCAAUGGGGCAAGGUUGUCGAAGCCUUGAGCCCCCACAACGUUACUGUCGUUGGUGGAAGGCUGCCCAGCCUUGGGGUGGGAGGCCUGCUACUUGGCGGCGGUUUCUCCUUCUUCUCGGGCGAGUAUGGUCUUGCCGCGGACAACUUGCGUAGCGCAGAGGUUGUAUUGGGCAACGGCACUAUUGUCGAGGCAAGUGCCCAGGUGAAUCCGGACCUAUUCUGGGCCCUGAAGGGCGGUGGUCCGAACUUUGGCAUCGUCACACGCUUUGACUUGGUCACGAUCCCCAUUCAAAGGGUGUACGCCGAAGUUGUGGUCUACGCCCCAGCAGAAACACACACAUUUCUGCGCGCCCUGGCCGCCUGGCAGCUGGGCGCCGGGGCCUCAGACCUUCGAGCCACAGUCCUCGCCGUUUCGUCCCUAGGCGGCACCACGUUAGCAUUUAUUUAUUCACAGCCUGUCGCUGCGAGGCCGGACACCUUCGCGGCCUUUGCUGAUAUCCCCGUACUCGCCACAGCUUUGCCGCCAACUAAUCUCGCGGUGCUGGAACUGAUGCAAGUUGGGGCCGGGCAGGUGAAUGAGGCGGCCCAACGCCAUGACUACCGUGCCGUUUCCACGCAGAUCGACGGAGAUCUGUACGUUGGAAUGUUCGACUUUUGGGCGGAGCGCGCUGCUGAUGUUCACAGCAAGACGGUCGCGAACCAGUCGUUUGUGAUUCAACCCAUCACCUCGAACCUGGCUCAGAAGGGUCUAGAGAAUGGCGGCAACCCCUUGAGUUUGGAUCCGUCCGGCAUGUCCUGGUGGACUACUCUCAUCGACUGGGAGCAUGCGGCCGACGACGAUGUCGUGCGCAGCGUGUCUAUUGCCACGACGGAAGAGUGGAAGAAGCGGUCGAAUAUAGGGUUGGAGUACAUGAACGACUGCUCGCGGGAUCAAGAUCCACUGGCGAGUUAUGGAUCUGAGAGUGUUGCGAAGGUGUGCGACGUCUCGCAGAAGUAUGAUCCUGACAAGGUGUUUCAAAAGUUACAGCAGGAUGGGUUCUUGUUGAAGAAGCUUGGGGUGUGCUAG